AUGACUUUGGAGAUCAUUAAAGUUGCUCUAAAGACAAAGAAACUCAAUUACUAUACGUUUGAUGUGGACUAUGUCAGAGCUGCUUCCAUUGCAAGGAAGAUCUACUUGAGGGGUGGACUCGGUGUUGGUGCAUUCCAGAGGAUUUAUGGUGGAAGCCAGAGGAAUGGCAGUCGCCCACCUCAUUUCUGCAAGAGCAGUGGUUCCAUUGCUCGCCACAUUCUUCAACAGUUUAGCAGUUGUUCAUGCUAUUAUGCAUCCGUGUGUUUUAUUUAUAUUGUGAUUAGGAUUUGCUUAGAAAUAGUUUCUGCAUCGUCCCUUUGUAUCAUGUUUUUAACAUUGGUUUUUUUUGUAUCACAGUGGCAGGAAGAUCACUUCCAGCGGAAGGAGGGAUUUGGACCAAGUUGCUGGACGUAUUGUUAUUGCUCCUUGAUCUGUAAACUGCUUCUAGGUUGAGUUGUGUUUUGAGAUAUGUGAUGAUAACAAAGAUAAUAUGCAAUUUUGAUUUUAGUCAUUGAGUGGCUUAUGUAUUAGACUUGUUCAAUGCUAUGUUGCUUUUUAGUCUUUUAGUUUGUCUUGUCACAUUUUAUUCACUGGAUUUUUUGGAAUUUCACCCUUAAA